GCAGCCACCACGGCUAAGAGGGACAACUACAUGGCCGGCUUCAGCGGCAGCUCUAAUGGAACCCAUAAAAGGCUGCUGCAGGAUUGUAGUAGUUAUGCCCAGGAGCAUGCUAAGAAGAGGGUCCGCAUUAGCACAAGAACUGAGUACACAUACGCACCAUAUCAUGAUGGAUACCAGUGGAGAAAAUACGGGCAAAAAAUGAUCCGUGGAAAUACCUACCCGAGGUGCUACUAUAGGUGUACAUUCCAUCAGGAUCAUGGCUGCCCAGCAACCAAGCAUGUGGAGCAAACCAACUCCCAGGAUCCGCCACUAUUCCGAGUAAUCUACACAAAUGAGCACACAUGCAGCAGUACCCAUGUCUCAGACUACAUGGCUUCAUCUAUACACAUCCAGCAGAUUGCCGAUGCCUCUUUGAGAAAGGCAGAGACAGAAAUACCUAGCUUGACCCACUGCGGUGCUGGCCAUGGAUUGAUAAAAGAAGAGAAAGAUGCCAUUGUCUCCUCCUUGCUCACUGUCACCAAUGGCUGUGAUGUUGCAAAAUCGGAUGUUGGGCGUGCAGCUAUGCAAGAGAACACACCUGCUCCAAUGGCCAGAAACAUCUAUGAAGCCAUCCCUUCCGUUUCACCUGUACAGCUAGCACCAUCCGAUGAACUGAAAAUGGACUUCGUCGAACCACUGGAGUCCCACUGGUUCGAGCCAUUGGAUUUGGGUUGGUUCAUAUAA